AUGGCAUUUCACAAUGAUGCUAUCACUUGUUAUUGGUAUUUCCUCAGCUUGCGUGAGACCUUGAGUGAAGGACGCAAACAGAGUGACGUGGACAUUGGUCUGAUGUUGACCAAUGUGCACAGAUGUGAAUCUAUUGUUGAACAACUUUUGCUGACGGAGCAAGAUGCUGUGUUUUCGGUUUGUAUGUUCAGACACACUUUCGCUUUUAAGCCCUCCUGUGAGCGAGAGCCCCCUCCCAUGGAGUCAGAGGAGAGCACGGCACAGGUCCGGCGCAGCAUCAUCAGCGCCACCAUCUCCCGGCCCACAGCUCUCACCUUUGACCAGGUGGUGGGUCUGGAGGCGGCCAAACAGGCUCUCAGGGAGGCUGUCAUCACGCCGCUCCUCUUUCCUCAUCUCUUCUCAGGUGAAACAAACUCGUGGCGACGGAUCCUGCUGUACGGCCCACCAGGCACCGGCAAGUCCCGCCUGGCCCAGGCUCUGUCCGCAGAGGUCAAGGCCACCUGCUACUGUGUGUCCAGCACCGACCUCAUGUCCAGCUGGGUGGGCGAGACGGAGAAGCUAAUCAAAGAGCUGUUUCAACACGCAAGGAGCCAGCCUGGACAAUCGAAUAUCAGCGCUUGCAAAAAAGCCAGCAAUGACCACUGGGUGCCUUGUGACGAGGAUUGUCCUGGAGCUCUGAGGGCCAAGGCGGCCGAUCUACCCACGGACAAGAUCCGGCCCCGAGACGUCCAGAUGCGGGAUUUCCUGCAGUCUCUGUCCAGCCACAGAGCCACAGUGUGUGAGGGAGAGUUGACUAGACUGGAGGAGUUUACCGCGAGCUACGGACAGACUGCCUGA